UAUAUCCACUUUUCUAAUCUUACAAAAUGUUCUAAAUUUUUCUUCUCUCUCUGAAAGCUUAGCUAGUGUUAUUUCCUGCUUCCUCAAUCUAAUGCUAUAGAAGUAUGCUCUGAGCUUGCCUCCAAAAGAGGAUCCUGCUCAUCAGAAAAUGAAGAGUUUUUGUUCCAUGGCGAGGCCUUCGAAGCCGCAAGUUUCUUCCGACGAAGCUAUCUCUAGCGGUUCGAGCUCCGAGGAGGAGGAGCAGGUCAACCAGCAGAUCAAUGAAGAGGACGAGGAGGAGCUUGAGGCGGUGGCUCGUCAAGCUAGCUCCGACGACGACGACGACGAAGCCGGAAAUGAUAAUUCGCACGAUGACGACGAAGAUCCUGCUGCCGCCGGAGAUGCUGACGAGGAUGAGCAGGGUGAAGAUGCUGUUGAUCCUGGCAAGCGUGAGAAAGCUAGAUUGAAAGAGAUGCAGAAAAUGAAGAAGCAGAAGAUUCAGGAGAUAUUGGAUGCACAAAAUGCAGCCAUAGAUGCCGACAUGAACAAUAGAGGAAAAGGAAGACUGAAGUAUCUCUUACAGCAGACUGAGCUGUUUGCACAUUUUGCAAAAGGUGAUCAAUCUUCAUCUCAGAAGGCAAGAGGAAGGGGCCGCCAUGCAUCAAAAGUGACAGAAGAGGAGGAAGAUGAAGAAUACCUAAAAGAAGAGGAAGAUGGUUUAUCAAACACUCGUCUCGUGACACAACCAUCAUGCAUCCAAGGGAAAUUGAGGGACUACCAACUUGCUGGGCUAAAUUGGCUUAUAAGAUUGUAUGAGAAUGGAAUAAAUGGAAUUCUGGCUGAUGAAAUGGGGCUUGGUAAAACAUUGCAAACUAUAUCUUUGUUGGGUUAUUUACAUGAGUUCAGAGGAAUCAAAGGCCCUCAUAUGGUUGUUGCUCCCAAAUCUACUCUUGGAAAUUGGAUGAAUGAGAUUCGGCGUUUUUGUCCUAUUCUACGUGCAGUAAAGUUCCUUGGCAACCCUGAAGAGAGGAGACAUAUAAGGGAGGAAUUACUGGUAGCCGGGAAGUUCGAUGUCUGUGUUACAAGUUUUGAAAUGGCAAUCAAGGAGAAGUCUACAUUGCGUCGAUUUAGUUGGCGUUACAUCAUUAUCGAUGAAGCCCAUCGAAUUAAGAAUGAAAAUUCCUUGCUUUCCAAAACAAUGAGACUCUACAACACAAAUUAUCGCCUCCUUAUUACCGGCACACCGCUUCAGAACAAUCUUCAUGAACUCUGGUCUCUGCUCAACUUUCUUCUUCCCGAAAUUUUUAGUUCUGCUGAAACCUUUGAUGAGUGGUUUCAAAUCUCUGGUGAGAAUGACCAACAAGAGGUUGUCCAGCAAUUACACAAGGUCCUCCGGCCAUUUCUUCUUCGUAGGUUGAAGUCCGAUGUUGAGAAAGGGUUGCCGCCUAAAAAGGAAACCAUUCUUAAAGUAGGUAUGUCACAAAUGCAGAAACAGUACUAUAGAGCGCUUCUGCAGAAGGAUCUUGAGGUUGUCAAUGCUGGUGGAGAACGGAAGCGCCUCCUGAAUAUAGCUAUGCAGCUACGAAAAUGUUGCAAUCAUCCAUAUCUUUUCCAGGGUGCUGAACCCGGUCCUCCAUAUACAACAGGGGAUCAUCUCAUUACUAAUGCUGGUAAAAUGGUUCUCUUGGACAAGUUACUUCCUAAAUUGAAGGAGCGUGAUUCUAGGGUCCUUAUAUUUUCACAGAUGACUAGGCUGCUAGACAUACUUGAAGAUUAUUUAAUGUUUCGUGGGUAUCACUAUUGUCGCAUAGAUGGCAAUACUGGUGGAGAUGAGCGGGAUGCUUCCAUUGACACUUUCAACAAACCUGGAAGUGAGAAAUUUGUCUUCUUGUUAUCAACUCGAGCUGGAGGUCUUGGAAUUAACCUUGCUACUGCUGAUGUUGUCAUCCUAUAUGAUAGUGACUGGAACCCACAAGUUGACUUGCAAGCCCAGGAUCGUGCUCAUAGGAUAGGUCAAAAGAAAGAAGUCCAAGUUUUUCGCUUUUGCACAGAGUAUACAAUUGAGGAGAAGGUCAUUGAAAGGGCUUACAAAAAGCUUGCACUUGAUGCUCUAGUGAUUCAGCAAGGACGGUUGGCUGAGCAAAAGACGGUAAAUAAAGAUGAGUUGCUUCAAAUGGUUAGAUUUGGAGCAGAAAUGGUUUUCAGUUCCAAAGAUAGCACUAUUACAGAUGAGGACAUUGAUAGAAUCAUUGCUAAAGGAGAGGAAGCAACUGCUGAACUUGAUGCCAAGAUGAAGAAAUUUACUGAAGAUGCAAUCAAAUUCAAGAUGGAUGACACUGCCGAGUUAUAUGAUUUUGAUGAUGAUAAGGAUGAGAACAAAGUUGAUUUCAAAAAAAUUGUGAGUGACAAUUGGAUUGAACCACCAAAAAGAGAGCGGAAGCGCAAUUACUCAGAGUCUGAAUACUUCAAGCAAACAUUACGACAAGGAGGUCCUGCUAAACCAAAGGAGCCACGAAUUCCUAGGAUGCCUCAGUUGCACGACUUCCAGUUUUUUAACACACAAAGGCUUAGUGAGUUGUAUGAAAAGGAAGUGCGCUACCUAAUGCAAACGCAUCAAAAGAAUCAGAUAAAGGAUUCAAUAGAUGUUGAUGAACCAGAAGAUGUGGGAGAUCCAUUGACUGCUGAAGAAUUGGAAGAAAAGGAGCGCCUUCUAGAGGAGGGAUUUUCUUCAUGGAGCCGGAGGGAUUUUAAUACUUUCAUCAGGGCUUGCGAAAAGUAUGGCCGAAAUGAUAUAAAAGGUAUUGCUUCUGAGAUGGAAGGGAAAACUGAGGAGGAAGUUGAAAGAUAUGCAAAGGUCUUCAAAGAAAGAUACAAGGAAUUAAAUGAUUAUGAUAGAAUUAUUAAAAACAUUGAGAGGGGGGAGGCUAGAAUUUCACGGAAAGAUGAAAUCAUGAAAGCUAUUGGGAAGAAGUUGGACCGAUACAAGAAUCCAUGGCUAGAGUUAAAGAUACAGUAUGGGCAAAACAAAGGGAAGUUAUACAAUGAAGAAUGUGACAGGUUCAUGAUAUGCAUGGUUCACAAACUUGGCUAUGGGAACUGGGAUGAGUUGAAGGCAGCAUUUCGAACAUCACCCUUGUUUCGUUUUGACUGGUUUGUUAAGUCUCGCACAACACAAGAACUUGCAAGGAGGUGUGACACACUCAUUCGCCUGGUAGAAAAGGAAAACCAAGAAUAUGACGAGAGGGAGAGACAAGCGCGCAAAGAGAAGAAACUUGCAAAGACCAUGACCCCAUCAAAGCGGACCCUGGCAAGACAGACAGAAUCUCCAUCUUCUUUGAAGAAGCGCAAGCAAUUAACCAUGGAUGAUUAUGGAAGUGUGGGAAAAAGGAGAAAAUAAAUGACAUACUGUGGAUUGCAUAGGGUAAUUUAGGGGUUGGGCACUAAAACCCUUGCUACGGGCACUAACCGUCUCUGGUGACUAAUGUAGGCCCUAAAUAUCAGUUGCGAAGGAUAGUUAUAGAAGAUUGUGCAGACACCACGGAUGUUCUAAGUUUUUAUAGCACUGAACAAAUCUUUCAGAUUCUAACUGAUAGUUCCGUGAAUGUGUAAUAUUUAACCAUACGAUAUCUUUAAAUAUGAAUGCAUUAGGCCUAAUAUUCUGAAAA